GUCCUACGACAGUCAGGUUGAAGAUGCCCAAAACCCCUGGCCGAAGAUCGAGGUUUCGCCUGGUUCCAAUGGAAAGAAGGCUUUCCAGAAAAGCAAAGCUAAGCCUUUGAGAACGGAUACCCAGGAGACCAUGGUGGUGGAAACUCCGAAGUGCCGUGCCCGUGCGAAGUCGACAGACAGCGGCCUUGAGAGUGCAGACAAGACGAAGAACCCCAAGAGAUCUUUGAGUGCUGCUUUCAAGGAUGCAAGCAAGCAGCCCGCAACAACAGCCGAGCCAGCAAGCACCACGAGCUCGCCACCUUCCAGCAACAAGCGAAAGCUAAUCGAUAUGGGCAAGCCAAAGCCAGCAACCAAGAAGCCCAAAACCCCAGAUGAGAAGAAGAAAGAAGCAGAAGAAGCCAAGCAAGCAGCCUACGAAAUGAAGGAUCAUGCCACUGCAAGAAGCUCGCAUGAGCCCCCGGCCACUGCAGCCUGCAAGCUAUCGGGCGGUGCACGCAUCGUCAAAAAAGGUGGUGGUAAGAAGAGUGCCAAGGCAAAGGCCAGCCCCUGUGCCCCCAAGUCCGAAAGCCCUUCCACCACACGAGGUAGCAAAACCAAGCACAGUGAGAAGAACCUCGCCGAGACCCCCAAGGAGAAGCAGAGAGAAGACGAAAGCGCCAAGAACCCAGCCCAGAAGGAGGAUGCUGCCGAGACCCCCAACAAGAAGCCCAGGAAGAGCUGUGCCGAGACCCCCGACAAGAACCCCAGCAAGACCCAAGAGACCGAGAAGGAUGAGAGCACAGAGUCCAAGUCCAAGCAAGGCCUCGAGGUUGCAGAGAAGAAGAAGAAGGCCCACAAGCUCUACAUGAGGUUCUGGCGAUCAGUUAAUGAAUGUCGGGGAACCUCAAUGGAAAUCAAGAACGCCUUCGACCGCUUCAAGUAUUGCAAGACACAGAUGUCCGCCCUGUACGAGGAUUUCAUGCAGUGCAAUGGCAAGUGGCAGAACUCUGUCAUUAUGAAAACAAUCCGCCACAAGCAUAAGAACGGCAAGCGAGCCUCACGCAGAUGGCUCACGAAGAGCCAACUUCUGGCACACUUUGGUGACGAAGCCACUGUCGAGGCCAUAGUACUGAGGAAAGAAGCCGACAAGGAAUUGGCCGAGGCGGAGAUUCGAGACCACCCCGAGCUGCCAGGCCUCAGGCAGUUCCUGGUCCUCGUCGAGGACGAGGAGGUGGACGAAAGCACGGAUGAAAUCGAACAGCUGUUCAACAUGGAGCAGCGACCCGGAAGCGAGUCGAGUGACGAUUCGAAGGACAUGGACAGCGAUGAGGAUUCCAGCAGCAGUGCUGCUGCCAAGAAGAAGAAGACAGACAAGAAAGAAAAGAAGGAUAAGAAGGAUAAGAAAGACAAAAGCAAGAAGAAGAAGAGCAAGAAGAGGGGAGGCAAGGGAAAGCUCAGGAAGGCAGAAACGCAAGAGGAUUUGGACAAGGAGCAGAGUCGGAAGGUGCAGCAGGAGGGAAAGAAGGUUAUCAGCACCCUGAACCGGAAGAUCAAGGAUGCGACCACGAAGAUCGAUUCAAAAGAGGUGAGUGCCUUGAAUACCAAUGUCCGGGAGGCCUUGAAGACGGAUCUCCAGGCGGUGGUGAAGAAGCUCACCUCUGCCCGUACCCAGCUGCAGACGGCACUGGACUCGGCUCAGGACAGCAAGAUCAUCGACAAGACGACGGCCGCCAAGGACAUUCUGGACCACACCGAGGGAUCGCUCGUUGAGCCAGUCAUGAUCUCAACUCAUGUAAAGGCCAAAGAAGACUCCACCAUGGUGAUUGAGGAAAAGAUUCCGGUGCUUCUACCCCAUCGCAUAUUUCUGUAUCUGUUUAAUGUGUUGGGACUAGCGAUACGACCGGAGGACAUCAACGAAUAUUGGCAGCAUCAGAAAUCAUUGUGUGAGUGGGCCUCGCACAACGACUUGGAUGGUAAGCAUGUGCCUGUCACUAUCUACGGUGAUACCGCUCGGUACGGGCAGGGGUAUGAUCAAUCAAAGAUUACUGGAUGCUUCAUGAGCUCGCCACUAUGGCGGCCCAAGUCAACGAGAAUGUCACAACGGCUUCUUUUCAGUGUGGAUGCCGACCGUUCACUGGGCCCAGAGACUCUGAACCCUCUAUAUCUCGCCAUAGUGGAAUCAUUGAAUGAGGCUUUUCAUGGACGAACCCCAGAAGGACGCCCUCUACCACACAAGUUCUCGGUUACUGAAAUAAAGGGGGACUGGGAAUUUCACUAUCAUACCUUUCAGCUUAGACGAUAUUGGAAAACCCGGUGGAUAUGCUGGAGAUGCCACGCCGAGCACCAUGCCCAUGCCACCCACAGCUGCUUUGAUUUCGAUGAUGAUCCAACCUGGGAAGCAACCACUAUUUCCAACUUUUCGUUUCUGGCCAACAUCGUGAAGAGGGAGAAUGUUUGUCCAUUUUUGGGCUUGCAUGCCUUUCAUGUUGACAUGAUCUGCCAUUGUUCACUACACAACAUGAACUUGGGAAUCGCUCAAGAUGCCAAUGGUUCCACGUUGAUGUUCCUGAUCGAGAACGGAUACUUCGGAUGUCCCCAGAGCCUCACAUUCGAGAAACUACUGGUCAUCGCUUUUCGCGACUUCAAGGCAUUCCAACGAAGCACCGGUCAGAAAUGCUCACAAACUAAGUUUGUGCCGAGGUUUGUUUGGAAGCCUGAGUCACAUGGAGCUCAUAUGGGCCACAAAGGGCACAAUGGCAAGAUCAUCGCCUACUGGCUUGGCGACUGUAUGCAAAAGGCUGUGGAACGAUCUACGGAGCCCCACCGAGAAAUCUGCAAGUGGCUACUUGAAAGCCAAGCCUGGUCGACUGACGAACGGCUAGAACUCAUUGCAGUGACAAUGCAAUCGCUCUGUGCAUGGUUCCACGAAGUGGAGAAGCAUGGUCGGUACCUGACUGUGACAGCCGCCGAUACAAUCUAUGACCACGGUAUGAAGUACCUCCGGUAUCACCUCGUGCUGUGCAAGGUGUCUAUGAUGAAGAAGCUUCAUUGGCAUGUCCGUCCGAAAAUGCAUGCCUUUCACCAUCAAUUGAAGGACGUUCGAUGCCGACGAAUUUCGGCUGCAUCAU